GCCAGUUGGCCCCGGCCCGUGCGCCCGAGGCCGGGCCGCGCCCUGCGCGCCCCGCGCCCCCUCGGGCCGCGGAGCCGGGCGCCACCUGCCGCAUCUGCCUGCAGGGCGACGUGCCCCAGGACGAGCUGCUGGCGCCGUGUGCCUGCCAGGGCUCGGCCAAGUGGGUGCACGCGGGCUGCCUCCGCGAGUGGCAGCGCACGGUGCUGCGCGGGCCGAUCAGCGCUUUCGACCGCGUUACCACCUGCGACAUCUGCCGCCAGCGCUUCCGCUGCGGCGUCCCGCCGGCGCUGCAGCUGCGGCUGGCGGGGUCCUUCCUGGGGCGGGCGUUGGUCAACCUUCCCCUUCUGCUGGCGAUCCCGUUUUGCUGGACGGUCGCCACUGGCUCCUACGCCUGGCUCUCGGGCCAGCUCCAGCCAGGCGUGGUGGGCCUGGGCGUCGGGAGCCUGCUGGUGGCGACCGACCGCAUCCGGACGGGCAUCUUCGCCCGCUCGGUGGUGCUGCUCGUGGAACACUCGGCCUGGGGCGCUAAGGAUUGGGCCCAUCAUCAUCAACCGCCCCAUGAGCGCCAACGGCCGCACUGUCCUCUUCCGCGGGGGCCCCGUGCACAAGAACACCUACGGCGCUCACCUCUACAGCCGGCGACGUGUGGGCGGACGACGCUGGCGCGGUGCAGGUGCUGGACGGCGUGUGGUGGAGGGAGACCGGCAGUGGUAGCGCGCACGCCCCGGGGGAGUUCCCGCGGGAGAGCGGCGGGCCCCUGCUGCGGCUGCGAGGCUUCGCGGGCUGGGCGCCGCGGCAGCUCGAGGGCGAGGUCCGGCGGGGGGCGUGGCGCGUGGUCAACGGCUCGCAGGAGCUCGUCUUCGGCGACCCCGCCAGCCUGUGGCAGAGGCUGGCGGGCGCUGCCGGCGACAGAGAUGCGGCCGCACUGGGGACCGGGGUGGACGAUGCAGAGGAUGCGUGGCCGUCAGCUUGCGCCGUCGCCUCUGAGAGGUGCGCCGAGAAUGUUGAGGAGGCCGAGGACGAGUUGGAUCGCAUGGAGGACCCCCAGUCUUGGGCGUACGCGGAGCGGCAUCUAGAUCAGCAAGAAGAGUCGUGAAGGCGCACCCCUCGCAAAGCCUAGAAGCACGCAAAGGCAGCUCCAGCGCAUCUCUGCGCUGCGUCGGGGCCCGUCUCGCACGGUUACGGCUGCUGCCGUCAGCGAUGCCGGUCCCACAAAGAUUCGCGCGCAGGCGCCAUUCCGUAUAUGGGCCGAGGCGCUAGGCUCGGUCGCUGGCCCUGAGGGCAUGGGGGACCCCGUGGCCCCUGCAGGCUCCAGAGACCCCGCCGUGGUGCCCCCAGAGGUGCGGGUUCGGGCACCCGUCCCGUCUGCCCCUGGGAGGUUGUUCCGCCCAGGGCUCGAGGGAGCCCUGAGCUCCUUCGGCUUUGCCAGCGCUGCUGACGCACUGGAGCGAGGCAGGGCCGUCAGAGCGGCCAGGACGGCGGACCCCAGGCCAGUGGUUGGUCUGAGCGCGGAGUGACGGUCGCGUUUCGGGGUCUGGGCCUGGUCGGCCGUGGGCCUGUGCAAGCUCUGUUUGCUGGGCCGUAAGACGGCCUCCGAAUUUGUUGGUGCAUGACAAGCCCCAGGGUGAUAGGAUA